CCCAGAGCAACGCGAGGAAGGAAGCAAACAAAAGCAAGCUUUCUCCUUUAAUCACUGCUCCUACUACCACCGCAGCACCGCCACCAUGCCUUGCUUUUCCUAAAGGUGGUGAGAGAAGCAGAGCAGCGGCACUCUCGAACGGGGCCCGUCGCUAUCAUGCGCCUUGGAGUCACUAUCUCGCUGUCCCCCCACCCUUAAAUAAUUCUCUUCUUAACUAGAGCUAUCCUUUUACUCUCUGCAAAUUUAUCACUUGCAGAGCACAUCCCAAUCCCUCCACUAUUUCUUUUUUUCCCCUCUCGGUUGAUUUCUCUCACUCGCGAUCGGGGAGAUGUCGGCGUCGCCGUCACCACCGCUGGCCGCCGCCGUCGUCUGAGUCGCCGCGGAUCGCCCUCCGAUCUGUGUUUCCUUCUCAGGACUUGUGGCUCUUUGGAGGGGAAGGUAGCUGUACAGAAGUUAUUCUCUGAUGCCCAGAUGAGCAGAACUGAUGUUAUUGGCAGUGGAAGGAGGAGGGUUCUUCUCUUCUUCAGCUUCUGGGUAUAGCAAGGGCCUGACCCUUCUUCUCUUGGGUCAGAAGGAGGAGGAAAAACCCAUGAGAGUUUCGCCGUGGAAUCAGUACCAGUUGGUGGACCGAGAAUCUGACCCCGACCUCCAGCUGGCUUCUGGGAAGAACCGGAUUUCACGCGGGUGCGCCACCUUUGUUUGCUUUGGUCGCGCUUCCGCAGGACUUGAGGCCCCCUCCCCUUUGAAAGUGGGUCCUGCCCAACAGCAGGAUGUCUUGCAAGUGCCUUCUGUUUCUGACAAGGGCAAGGACCAUACCAAUGAUCGUGAUGAUGAUAUUGUGAAAAGGGCUGCUCGUAAGAGUAGCUUGAAGAAGCCAUCGAGUACUAUUCCCAUUUCUAAUGAGGGUGGCAAUUUACAUGGGACAGUGGUUGAAAGGGGAAGUGAUAUUCCUGAUAGUGCAGAAAGCAGGCGAGUGCAAUGGACAGAUACAUGUGGAAGAGAGCUUGUAGAGAUAAGGGAAUUUGAGCCCAGUGAGAUGGAUGGCUCAGAUGAUGAAUUUGACAAUGGAAACGAAAGGAGUUGCUCUUGUGCUAUAAUGUAGUUUGACCUUGAUCACAACAUGAGGUGGGGAUCAAAUUUUAAUGGAAGGUAAUGAUGCUCGAGUUCAAUUGUUGGUAACAAGGCAGGGUUCAUUUCUCCCUUCGACUGAUUUCUGCGAGAAAAAGACGUAUAGAAGAUUUUCGACUCCAUAGAGGUUAUUAUCAUUGCAAGCAUUUCUUUUCAUUGCAGCCUGUCCACAAAUUUCUUGUAUGUAUGUUGCAUUAUGGGAGUUCAAUUUUGUCGGUAAUGAUGGGCUUCAUUCAGAUCUUUCUUCUUUUUUUUUUUUCUCGCUUUUGUUAUUAAUGUUGUAGGUGACAACUGCAUUUGUCCAUUAUUUCAUCGUAAUUAAUGUGUAUUUUCCCUGGUUGUGUUGGUUAGUGUAUUUUCUUUUAUUUUUCUUCCCCUGACUAUUUAGAAGAAGGUUGAUUAUUUGUAAGAUUUGUUUGUAAGGUGGUCUGGAACCUCAUGUUAUAUUAUCAUUCAACCACUGAGCGGUGAAAUUUGUUGCGGAGCUCA